AUGGCCACAGGUUUCACCACAGCGGGCCUCGCCGCCGAAGAAAGCUACAUCGCCCUCAGCGCCGGCACCAGCACCGCCGCCAGCAGCAACACAGGCGCUACCGUCGCCAGCAUUAGCGAGGUGCUGGGCCAGGCGCUGCCUAUCAACAACCGAUUGUCCGACAGCAGCAAGCAAGGCAAGACACCACCGGAAAGAAAUGAAAACGGCUGCCCGCUCGAUCCUCCCGACUCAGACCGGGUAACAUCUGUCUUACAGCGCCGGGCACUAUCGAAAUCGCCUAGCCCAGAAGCGUCCCACCACGACCUCGCAGCAACCCUCGUCCCUGCCACCACCACCGAGACCCAACCAAACGGCAGUCAAGUCGCUGCAACCAAGGCACAGCAGCGUCAAGACCUGCAAAACGGUCGCCUCCAGCGCCGGCCGUCCGAUCCAUCAUCAUCAUCCCGACGAUUCGAGCCAGUGUCACCACCCUCCCGCUACAGCGAAAUAACAUCGCCAUACAGUACCACCGACUCGCAGCCACUAUCACCUUCCCGAGACGGCGGCAGACCUCAGCCAUCGCCAGCUUAUGUCUCAUCCUACCUGAGCCGUCGCAAAUCCUCGAGCCGAAGUUCAUUCGGCGGUGCUGCAAUUCCUUACAGUCCUCAGACGCACGACAGCCAGGACGCGCAGUAUGCUGAAAACUCGCCAGGUUUCCUAACAUCGCCAGACGAGGCCCUGUCACCGAAACAACUGCCCUCAGGUCAGCGAGAAUUGCUCCUCCCGAAAUCCCUAUCUCAACAACCGAGCCAACCAGAGGAGCGCCGCGUUUCUUCACACCACCCGCCAGUGUCGUACAAGCCACCGAUUAACGCGACCGCGCAACAACCAGGCAACGCGCCGCCUGUGCGUGUCCCCCCUAUUCGCGCUUUCCGCUCAUCUGGCUCUCGCAAGAGUUUGACUCUCGACAUGAACUACAAAGGCCAGUUUUAUGAGUCAGGUGACGAGUCGAAUGAAUCCAGUCACGACUACACUCUUCGAGCGCUGGAAGGUCGGUCAGCCCAACCCCAAGACAGGGUAGAGAUAACGCCGCCUAUGUCUGCCAAGCAUGAUACUUCUGAUGCAGAUGAUGGUGGGGAUGUUUUCCUAAAAAUUGCUCGCGAGGAAUCGAUGCGGAGGACCUCGAAUCGACGCGUGACGGAAGACAUACAAAGUCCAGCGUCACGAGUGUUCCGCUCGCAUAGGCGCCCUCUCUCUACCACAGUGGCCGCAUACCAACCCGACUCGCCGCCACGCAUUCCCCGACGGUUGUCGGAUCAGGAGCAGUCUUCCUCGCGGCGUAUGGAUGAUGCAGUCAGUGAGAUUGCUCGAACCUUAACACAGAGGUCCAUGAGUCGGGACAAGGCCAUGUCUGCCCACCCGGCGGCUAUGGAUGAUGCAGUCAGUGAGAUUGCUCGAAGCCUAACCCAGAGGUCCAUGAGCCGGGACAAGGCAAUGUCUGCCCAUCCGAUGGAUGAUACAGUCAGUGAGAUUGCUCGAUCCCUAACUCAGAGGUCCAUGAGCCGGGACAAGGCAAUGUCUGCCCACCCGGCUGAAGACUCAUACCACCGUUCGAGACACAGCGGCAGCGCUCUGCGACCUUCCCCGCUUACCCCUCGAUCAACCACCCUCCCUGAUACUCUAACGGACAACCCCAUUCACACACGCCGGCGAUCAUCCAUUACGGACCAAAACACCACGCCUCCCACACGAUCCACGACAUACCGGUCAUCUGGUACUGUCCAGGUACAUGGGAAGACGUACCAUUCCUCGCCUCUGGUUCGCUCCUUCGAUCUCAUUGCCAAUCAUAACGCAGAGCCGGCCCAGGCGGUAGAGGGUACUGAGUCAACCGCAUCCACCACAGCCCCAUCAACAGUUUGGGACGAACUAGACGAUCUCAAAUCCCGGAUCCAUCGCCUAGAACUUACCGGCAAACUUCCAUCCACAUCAGGAGCAGCGGUUUAUAGGCUAUCUGACGAACGACCUCCAACCGCGACCACAACCGUCACAACGGUAUCCUCAUCGCCUAAACGGAUCGUUGUUGCGGCGCAAGCUAACGACGCCGCGAGCGCGGUAACGACUGCUCAGCAUGAGUCGUUUCCCGUCCUUCACUCCGCAUUGGCGAAGUCAAAGCCGUUUUUGAAUGCCGAAAUUUACCGAGCCCUUGAAACGGCCGCGACUGAAGCCAUGUCCCUAUCUUCAAUGAUGGGGACCUCUGGACAGCCGGGGCCCAUCUCAAGCGGAGCCAGUGGUAUCGGAACGGGAAGCAACAUUACAGACCGCCAACUUCGUCGCAAGGCAGAUAGUGUGUGCCGAAGCCUGACAGAACUAUGCGUUGCACUUGGGGAAGACGUGGCCCAUUCCCGCCCACCACCAGUGUCACAUUCACACAAGUCCUCUCUCAGCAAGCCCCAAGUCCAACAAGCUCCUCAAGUUGCUCAGGAGGAAGGUCCAAGAACCCCAACCAUUAAUAAGAGUUUCAAUACGAUGACGUCUCUGUCGUCCCAGAAGCGCCCCAGCAUGGCAGCUGAGGGUGUGGCGUCAAAACCAUCAAGCACUGUGACAAGCCCAAGCCGUGGAUUGUCCAAAUUCGAGGAGAGGCGCAAUACAUUGCUGAAUGCGAAUACUUUACCGAGCCCGCGGGCUACUGGCUCUGGCCCUCCCACGCCGCAGGACGCAAACGCAAACCGAAGAUCGUCUCUUUUUGUGGCUAGGUCACGCCGUGCCCUCACAGAGGAACCGGAAGAAGUUACCGGGAGAAGAUCUUCUCUCUUAUUGAGAAGUAGGCGUGGUGCGACUGAGGAGCCUGAAGAGACCCGUCAAGAGGGCCGCCAGACAUCUCUUCUACUUCGAAAUCGCCGCGGGACAGCGGGAGAAGGUGAUGAUGAAGUGAGAUUUACCACGCCGUCUCGAGCUUACACUGAGGUAAAUUCCUCAAGAGGCCCUGGUCGAGAGUACACAGAGGUCGCAACCUCAUCUAGGCUCCCGACCAGAGAUUUCAACCCACAAAGCCAGCUUUCACCACAAGAUGCCUCCUCACACACCUCUGCUCUACCGCGACGCCGAUUUAUGUCCGGAACUACUGGCAUCAGCCGGCUGGCUACACCAGCAACUCCAACUACGACAACGCUCCCCGCGCGCAAAUACGUAGAAAGAUCGACCCGUGAGAGAGGGGAUUCCGUUGGAGCUGAGAGGACCGAGAGGAGCCAGAAACGCUACUCGCUGGGGUCAAAUACAAUUCUUACCAGUGGAGCCAGCCUUGGCUCAAGAAGACAGAAUCGUGACAGCACGAUAGCCAAUAUCACAACGACUGCAGCAGCCGGGGGCUAUCGAUGA